ACAGGAGCUCACCGCCGCUUACAUUGACCAACCAGAAGUGGACUCGGGUGAACAAAACACCUUAGCAGUAUUUGAUACCCUGUUAGUCUUUUCCUCACGACGAGAUGCUUCUGAGUUCGUCGAGGAAGAUAAUGAUGGUGAUAAUGCUUCUAUCUUUACACAUUCGGAGACAGGCAUGAAGUAG